CUCCUUUCAAGGCUGGUCCUGGGAUGGGUGGGGUGCUGCUCGACCGGGGACAAGGGGGAUGGCCGGAAUAGCGCGUGGGGCUCUUUUAGGAUCUGAGUGUUGAGAUAUGUCCCCACCGCGGCACCCCACGACGACAGACAGGCGGUUAGCAUGGCUGAGAAACUAGACCUGCACAGAGGGCCCGCAGAAAUGGGUUUCUGGCUGAGUCCUAGGCGGUCGGUGGCAGCAAGGAGGAGAGGCCUAGGCGUCUGGAGCAAGGCUGAGACGGAGCGGUUCUGGAGUGUGUGAACAGGCCGGAGCCCUACCCACCUGGCCCGUCAUGGUCCAGAGGCUGUGGGUGAGCCGCCUGCUGCGGCAUCGGAAAGCCCAGCUCCUGCUGGUCAAUCUGCUGACCUUCGGCCUGGAGGUGUGCCUGGCUGCAGGUAUCACCUACGUGCCACCCCUGCUGUUGGAAGUGGGGGUAGAGGAGAAGUUCAUGACCAUGGUGCUGGGCAUCGGUCCAGUGCUGGGUCUGGUCUCGGUCCCACUCGUGGGCUCAGCCAGCGACCACUGGCGUGGGCGCUAUGGUCGCCGGAGGCCCUUCAUCUGGGCCCUGUCCCUGGGUGUCCUACUGAGCCUCUUCCUCAUCCCGAGGGCCGGCCGGCUGGCGGGGCUGCUGUGCCCGGACACCAGGCCCCUGGAGCUGGCACUGCUGAUCCUGGGCGUGGGGCUGCUGGACUUCUGCGGCCAGGUGUGCUUCACUCCGCUGGAGGCCCUCCUCUCUGACCUCUUCCUGGACCCAGACCACUGUCGCCAGGCGUUCUCCGUCUACGCCUUCAUGAUCAGCCUGGGGGGCUGCCUGGGCUACCUUCUGCCUGCUAUCGACUGGGAUGCCAGUGCCCUGGCCCCCUACCUGGGCACCCAGGAAGAGUGCCUCUUUGGCCUGCUCACUCUCAUCUUCCUCACUUGCGUGGCAGCCACACUGUUUGUGGCUGAGGAGGCAGCCCUGGGCCCAGCCGAGCCAGUGGAAGGGCUGUCGGUCCCCUCCAUACCACCCCACUGCUGCCCGUGCCACGCCCGCCUGGCUUUCUGGAACCUGCGCACCCUCUUUCCCCGGCUGCACCAGCUCUGUUGCCGCAUGCCUCGCACCCUACGCCGACUCUUCGUGGCCGAGCUGUGCAGUUGGAUGGCAUUCAUGACCUUCACACUGUUUUACACAGACUUUGUGGGCGAGGGGCUGUACCAGGGUGUGCCCAGGGCUGAGCCAGGCACCGAGGCCCGGAGACACUAUGAUGAAGGGGUCCGGAUGGGCAGCCUGGGGCUGUUCCUGCAGUGUGCCGUCUCCCUGCUCUUCUCUCUGGUCAUGGACCGGCUGGUGCAGCGAUUCGGCACCCGGGCCGUCUAUCUGGCCAGCAUGGUGGCUUUCCCUGUGGCUGCCGGCGCCACGUGCCUGUCCCGCAGCGUGGUGGUGGUGACCGCUUCAGCUGCCCUCACUGGGUUCACCUUCUCUGCCCUGCAGAUCCUGCCGUACACGCUAGCGUCCCUCUACCACCGGGAGAAGCAGGUUUUCCUGCCCAAAUACCGCGGAGAUGAUGGAGGUGGUGCCAGUGAGGACAGCCUGAUGACCAGCUUCUCGCCGGGCCCUACGGCCGGAUCUCCCUUCCCCAGUGGACACGCGGGUGCUGGAGGCAGCGGCCUGCUCCCUCCUCCACCUGCACUCUGCGGGGCCUCUGCCUGCGAUGUCUCCAUGCAUGCAGUGGUGGGCGAGCCACCGGAGGCCAGGGUUGUUCCGGGCCGGGGCAUCUGCCUGGACCUUGCCGUCCUGGACAGUGCCUUCCUGCUGUCCCAGGUGGCCCCGUCUCUGUUUAUGGGCUCCAUUGUUCAGCUCAGCCAGUCUGUCACUGCCUAUAUGGUGUCGGCUGCAGGUCUGGGUCUGGUUGCCAUUUACUUCGUCACACAGGUGGUAUUUGACAAGAGCGACUUGGCCAAAUACUCUGUGUAGAGUACUUCCAACCCACUGAGGGAGGACCUGCCUCACUGGGUCCCAGCUCUCCCUAUUCCAGUCUCCCGUUGGCCCGGUAGGGCUGGGGGCUGGCCUUCCAGUUUCUAUUGCUGCCAAAGUGGUGUGGCUCUCUGCUGCCUCCCUGUGGCAGUGAGGUGCAUAGCUGCACAAGUAGGGGACUGGGGCUUCUUCCCUCCCACCUCUCCUCAGUCUUUAGGGCUGGCUGACUGGAAGCUCUCUGGAAGGCUUCAGUCUGGACUUCCACGAGGAGAGAAGGGCAGGGCAUUUAAUUAACUCUGUGCACUGGAAUGCAGGACUCUGCCGGGGGAUCACCCAGGCUCAGGGUUAACAGCUAGUGUCCUGGUCGAGAAAUACCCAGAGAAGGGAUUUGGGGAGCUGAGUAAACUCAGCCACCUGGUCUCCUACAACCAAGGCCUCUCAUCCCAUAGGUUCUCCCAGUGUCGCUCUUGCAUGGGAGUUUCUAAUGUGAAACGCUCCUCUACAGGAUUUGAAAGUAUGAAAGUUACUGGGGGAUGCGGUCCCGAGGGGAGAAAGGAAGCUGCCUAGCCCCACAGCGCCACCUCUCUCCUGUUCCCCCUCCCCUGCCUUUUAUUAGGACUUGGCUUGUUGGCCCCUGUGUUGCCAUCACAGGGACACGGGUUUUUAAAUAUUUAACUUAUUUAUUUAAGUAGAAGGGGAAUCAAGGUGUUUAGGGGUUGGGUAGGAUGAGAUCCCUAAUGACUAGGUCCCCUGAGACGAUUGGUUAUUGGGCUGAGAAUUGUCAGAAUCUCCUCCUGGAGUGAUUGGUCUGGCCCCAGAAAUGCCUAACCCUGAGCCUGGAAGCUCUGCUUACCCCAACUGAUAUCCCAAAUCCUGUUACCCAAGGCGGGGAGGGCUGGGGAAAGGUGAAGGGUGGGGCUUCAGGUCUCAGCAGCCUCCGUAGCCUCCCCUCCCCUCUUGGCCCUGCCGCAGCGCCCCCCCCCCCCCAGCUCCCCUCUGCUCCCUCUAGGACUGGGCUGAUGAAGGAGCUGCCCAACCCCACCUUUCCCCACUGGCUCCACAGCCCUCUCCUUGGGGCUGUUUCGGGACCAGAAGCACAGAGUGUGGCUCCUUGAGCCUUUAUCCGUCUCAGCCCCCAGGGCAUAUCUGUGCUUGGGGAAUCUAGCACAGAAACUCAGGAGCACCCCCUGCCUGGGCUAAGGAGGUCUUAUCUCCGGGGGCUUUAAGUGCCGUUUGCAAUAAUGUUAUGUCUUAUUUAUUUAGUGGAGUAAAUAUUUUAUACUGUAUGUGAGCAAUCAGAGUAUAAUGUUUAUGGUGAUGAAAUUAAAGCCUUCUUAUAUGUUUAA